UCGAGCAGACUCGAGCUCCGGACUUUGGGAACGCAAGGUGUCCGAAGGCUGUCCUCGCGCCUCGCCCGCUUCGAGUCCGCCGCCGCCGCCGCCGUCGCCGCCGCGCUCGAUCGCGCGACAGUCCCUUCCGGGAGCAGCGUCAGGCCAGAGGGAACCACCGGGAGUCGGGCGGCGUCCGGCAUCGAGCAGUACCGAGCCGAGCCACCAUGGACAAGAAGGCCGAGCAGUAUUACUCCCCCCCGCCGGAGCUCGGCAAGUGGGAGGGCUUCAGGGUGUUCCUGUGGAACUCGGAGACGGGUCAGGUCCUGGGCCGCACGGGCGCUAGCUGGGCGAAAAUCCUGCUGUUCUACGUAAUUUUCUAUGCGGUUCUCUGCGGCUUCUUCGGGGCCAUGCUGGCCGUUUUCUACCAGACGCUGGACCCGAAUUCACCAAAAUGGCAGUUGGAAGGUUCGCUCAUCGGCAACAAUCCUGGCCUCGGUUUCCGCCCGAUGCCGCCCGAGAGCAACGUCGAGAGCACCCUCAUCUGGUACAAGUCCACCGACGAGGGAAACUACCUCCACUGGACGAAAGGCCUCGACCAGUUCCUUCAGUCAUACGAGAAGACGGGAAAUGCCCCGAACGGCGCCGAGACGAGAGUGAUCUGCGACUAUGAGAGACCACCGCCUCCGGGGAAGGUCUGCGACGUGGAGAUCGACCAAUGGCACCCUUGCACCAAGUCGAACAAGUACAACUACCACAAGGCAGCGCCCUGCAUUUUCCUAAAAUUGAACAAGAUCUUCGGGUGGAAGCCAUUGUUCUUCAACGACACGGAGACCCUGCCCUCCAACAUGCCCGACGACUUGAAGGCGCACAUUGCGAACGAGAGGUCGCGAAACAUUAAGGCCGUGGACACGGUCUGGGUCUCCUGCGAGGGCGAGAACCCUGCUGAUGUCGAGAACAUCGGACCUAUCCAAUACAUACCACGUCGUGGAUUCCCCGGAUACUACUUCCCGUUCUCGAACACUCCGGGAUACUUGAGCCCUCUCGUCGCGGUCUUCUUCGAGAAACCCAAGUACGGCGUGUUGAUCAACAUCGAAUGCAAGGCCUGGGCGCACAACAUCAUUCACGACAGAUUCGAGAGGCGCGGGUCCGUGCACUUCGAGCUGAUGGUGGACUAAAUCGGCAGAGCAGCCGAGCCCUCAAGACCACUACCAACCGUCUCGUAUUCGUCAUCUCCGAGAGAAGAUCAUCGUCAGCUUUGGCGAACGGAGCGAUCGCGGCUACCCCCUGCACCUCGUCGAUCCUUUCGCUGAAUCGUCCUCAUCGUCCGCGUUUCACCGCCGCGAAGCGUCGCCGCUUCGUCCUCGUCAUCACUUCGUCGUUUGGUCCCUAAGAUAAUAUAUACAUAACAGACAAAAAAAUAUAUAUUAAUAACGAAGGCGCGCACGACCCCGAGGGUGAUCCUGGUAGAUCCUGGCCGCGAGAGGAAGGUCCUCGUCCGGAUGAAUCAGGGAUUCCUCUCCAGGGUGUCCGAGGUGCUCUCGCAGGAUGCGCGUCCACGGGACUCGACGAUCAGUUUCGUUUCGCCCUUCGAUCUCUUGGUUCUUAACUGGAAAAAAAAAACAACAACAAAUCACCUUCCAUUACGAGGCGAAAAAACGCGCGCUCCGAGCCGAGGGCCAGCUCGACGAGUCUCGUCCACGAGGGGAAGGUCCUCGAAAGGAGGUCUUUUCGCGGCGUUUCUCGAUCCUUUCCAUCGUGGACGUGCGUUUCGAAAAAAAUCGGCCAUCCACAUAGUCACCUGGUCCGCGAGAGGACGCAACGAGGAAGGUAGCUGUCCCGCGUCUCCCACUUUUACCUGGUUUCGUUGUUUAAUAAGUGUGCCGAGUUCCGUUCGUAAAAUACGAUUUCUUUCAAUGCUACCGGACGACUGAUGGAUCGUGCGAUCCUUCUCGUUGAGUUCUUUGCAUCCCCACACGUUAGACGUCGGAUAUCCGACAUCCUUCCGCCGGAUAUACGUGCGAACGUGGAUGCAUUUUCUCGUGAGCCUCGUGAUUGGAUAUCCGAUGCCGGAUGCGUGAUGGAAGCUAGCCGGUGACGAACCGAAGGGAUGGAAGGACCUUCCUCGGAAGGACCUCGGAGGGAAGUCCUUGCAGGUUCGGGAAUUGGCUUGGGCACCCGCAACACCUCGACACACCUCGGAAAGCACAAAAUUCCCAGACCCAGAGGAAAGACCCGCACAAAGGAGCGUCGGGGUCGCCGUCAUCGGGACGCAGGUCCCGAAGAUGGCGACCUCCAAGAGGCUUCACCAGGAAAGGACCCCGUAAGCCUGGUUUCACCCGUGCAGGGAGAAGCCGCUGCAUCGGGUAUCCGAUCGCUACCAAGCUGUUACGCGGCCUUUGACUUUUACCGGGUUUAUCGUUUGAGGUGUGCGCUAUGUAUAGUUUUUAAUCAUUUCUUCGAUGCGCCAAGUUAGUUCGACCGAGUCUACGGCGUUCAAUGAUGCCGGACGACUGACGGAUGGAUCGCGUGAGAGCUCUCGUUUGAGUUCUUACGUCUCUAUACGGAUAUCCGAGGUCUACCGAACGCACGCGUGAACGCAUCUAUUGCGGUCUACGUAUUAGUCCCAUGUACCUCGCGAUCAAAUCUUCGAUUCUUACGAAGCGUGCCAGUUAACUUCGUACCAAUGAAUUGUUCAAUGCUGCCGCACGACUGAUGGACGAAUCGGGUAAACUCUCUCUCAUUUGACUUCUUACAUCUCGAUACGGAUAUCCGGCGUCUAUGGAACGUACGCGUAAACGCAUCCGUGCGGUCCCGUGUACCUCGCGAUCGGAUAUCCGACGCAGGGCGGAUUCGUCCGGCAAGGGGGAAACCAGGCUAACACUCGCGGUUACCGCUGAAGCACUUUUUUUAGGCAGACCAGGGGGUAGGGAUAUUGGUGUCGGGAUCGAGAGACACCCCGUAGAUGUUCAUGCCACGCGUAGGUUAGUCCUCUAGAGACGUUGCCCGGGUCGCUCGGGAUUCGCUUGACCGGAGGAGGGCUGCGAGGGCGGGGAUUGCGCGUCGAAACGAGGCAAUGCCGAGAGGGAGAGCAAACGAAUCAAGACGGUGAGAGUGAGAGCGAGAUAAAAACGCGCGGUAUAUAUGCGAGUGAAUGAGAGACCGACCGGGAGCGAGCGAGAACGAGCGAUGGAACGCAUGGGAGAGCGAGAGGGACCGACCGAUAGGCUGCGAGAUUCGUAGAUAACGAGCGAGCGAGAGAUUCUCAGAUGCACGCUGCUUGGCAGAAGAUCAAACCACGUCGCGUAAUGCGUACGCAAUGUGUACGCGAUGCACGUAAUUUACGCGCUUAGUGAUGUCUACGCAAUGACGGCCGCGCUUGGCCGUGGGCGAGGGCGAGAUUCUUCGGAGGGGACGAGACGCUGGAAGACUGAUCCCCUUAAAAAAUUCAGGAUGGCGCCCGGGAUACGGAAACGCGGUUUCCCGAAAGGGGCGAAGAAACGCCCCGAAUGGGAAUUUGAAAGGGCCUGGUAGCGUUCGUUACCGCGAAUUCGGGUGCUUUUCUCUCGAAUUGGUCCAGAGGGUUUUCGUAUCUCGGAGUUGCGAGCUUUUUUCGAGGACGCACCUCCGGUGGGUGUCGUCUCGUCACCUCGAAGAGCGCUCCAGAGCGGUCGGCGCUGACUCGCCCGGGUGUUCGAGGCGUACUUAACUUAAGUUUUAAGAAUUCAUUCGAGGCUCGCACUUAAGGAGGAACGAGACGAAGCCUGCCUAGAAGAAUAUCCGUAUGACGUUAUACGAACUACUUACGAUUGUACUGUACCGCAUUACUAUAUAUAUAAAUAUAUACAUAGGGUGUAUACUGGCGUACGUGCACGCGAAUGUAUACACGGGGUGUAAAGUUACAGGUGAAAUGACUGGGGGAAUCAGAGGCACUCGGGAGGUAAAUGCAGGAAACGGGCGAGAGAGAAACAAAAACACCGACGACAUGUUCGGGUACACGCGGCCACGCAGUCGUACUUAUUAUAGUCGGUAGGUAAUUCCAUUAUGUGGCCUACGGGCUAUGCGUGGUUCGUGAUUCGCGAUUCGUGGGGCGUCUUUGGAAAAGUUGAGGUACUCGAGGGGACAUUACUUUUUCCAUAGACAUGACGCAUGGGGUCAUGGACUCGUCGUCCAGUUCAUUGUGCUUCGGUUCGGCGCGAACUACUCAUCGGCGAUCGUGAUCAAUCGGCUUGCCAUAAGUCGUCAUAAAUCGCCAGAAAUCCCGAACCGUAUAAUGCCAGUUCAGCGGGAAUUCAUUCAAGAAUCACAAUUUACGAAUCAGCGAGAAGCCAGUUCGUCGCAUCGACGAACUCGCACGAACUGGCGUGCCACGAAUUUCUAAUCACAAGCUACGGAUAGUCCGUAGCGGCCUUUAGAGGCGAUUUUUCGAGGGGAGGAGAGCUCGCUCGACGCCGGGUUUCGGCGAGCGCCGCGACGUCGCCUCCUCGUCGGGUUCCGGAGAGCGGGUCGUCGGAUCGAUCAGCUGAUCUCGCGCGAUAGUACAAACGCCGGUCCCGGGGGUCGUCGGCCGGCUCCUCGUCGAGACCCGAUCGAUCGAUACCCAUCGAUCGACGUAACGAGAACGAUAAUAAUUCGAUCCCGGCCAUGCCUGGGGACAUGUUAAACUUAAAGAUUAGAAAGGAUCACCGAUGACACUAAUAAAGAACACGCGUUAACGGCAUAACGUGUACAGGCUGUCCCGGAACGACUCUGCCGCACCUCGGCGGUGCACUCUGCGAUAGGUUAUGAAAAACUAACAUCGCUAUCGUAACAACGUCAUGCUCAUCACUGACGGAUUCGUUCCGACAAAGCGCUCUCGUGUUCAUAAGUGUAUAACGUUGUUCCCUCGUUUCCGGAAGUGGAGUGCGUUACCCAGGUCUGGCCGCCGCUUUCUGGGACGCCCUGUAUAGAUAUAUUAUUAUUAAAAAUAAAAGGUAUAUAUAUAUGCAUAUAUAUAUACACAUCUGUAACCUGUAACUAGAGCAAAGUGAUUAUAUUCAUCAUUAUAGAUGAGCUGUUUCUAUAAUGGAUAUCUAAUGUUGUUAAAGUGUGAAGUGCGAGGGAGGGAGAGAAAGGGUUAAACGGUGACUGCGACGAGAGAAUGGACGGCUGUUUUGUGCGCGUGUAAGUGUGUGCGGGUGCCCGAGUGAAAUGUACUUAACGACCGAUUAAUUAAUAAAUCGCCGAUGCGAUUCCGAUGGUCGCGCUUAAAGCGUCGAACAUGGCGAGACCCAAUGCGCACCGUCGAGGAAACGGCUCGCCGACUUUGACGUUACGUAUACGUUAAUGUGCGGAUUGACUGCGAAAAUGACGCCGUAAAGACGGGCCGUAAGUGUGAACCAGGACUUUCGGUAACCGGGAGUCACUCAAAAGCUCCGAUCACUGAACAAAGGGAAUAAAGGACUUCGAUGCGAAAAGCUGAUGUGAACUUUUGCGCGGUCGAGGUAGCGAACGACGUUUCUUCGGGUGUGCAAAAGUUAAGUGGAAAAUUCGCUGAUGUCGAAGGAUGCACGUUUUCUAGCGUAAUUUGAGACUAGGAGGGUUUAACCACUUUUUUAAUUAUUUUCGAAGCACUUUUCCAUGCCGGUCGAAAAGUCCUCUUGGGUGCCAAGGUGCCGCCAUGUUUGAAGGAACAGUUUCAUCGGAGCUUGUCGGUGGUACCUGGAUGAGGAAGGUCCUGGGAGAUCCUGCGGUGGGAUCGCAUUAAUUGUACGUUCGAUACCUCCUUGCUCGCCUUGAUGCUCGAGCAAGGAUUACGUCGAAGGACGAGCCGCGAGGUCCUCGGAGGAGCGCGAAUAGUUUUCCUAGUCACACGAACCCACGCGAAGCGAGGAGUCCCGCGAAAAACCGCAAAAGUGGAAUAGAAAGCGCACUAAGAGGUAAAAAGAGCUGGUCGUUGCGCCUCGAAACGCUUCAAGGAGGGACGACCAGCGAAAAAUCUUACCAGGCGCUAUAUAACACCGCGUUAUAGGGGAUCGCGUUAUAAGUCGUCGGGUUAUAACGUGUAACGUAAUAAAGUACCGCGUUAUAAAUCGUCGCGUUGUAGAACGGCGCGUUAUCGAGCACCGCGUUAUAAAUCGUCGGGUUAUAACGCGUAACGUAAUAAAGCGCCGCGUUGUAGAACGUCGUGUCGUAGAGCGCCGCGUUGUAGAACGUCACGUUACAAAACGUCGUGUUAUAGAUCACCGCGUUGUAGAACGCCGCAUUACAGAACGUCCCGUCAUAGAGUGCCGCGUUACAGAACGUCGCAUUAUAAAACGUCGGGUUAAAAAAAAGAAAACAAAAAACGUUAUGAAGCGCUGCGUUAUGGAACGUCAUUAUAUAGCACCGCGUUAUAAAACGUCAAGUUAUAGAGCGCCACGUUAUAAAACGUCAUAUCGGAGAUCGCCGCGUUACAGGACGUCACGUUAUAAAACGCCGCAUUACAGAACGUCGCGUUACAGACCGCCGCGUUAUAAAACGUGUUAUAGAACUAUGCGUUAAAGGACGUCACGUUAUAGAGCGCCGCGUUAUACAACGUCUCGUUAUCGGUCGCCGCGUUAUCGGCCGUCGCGUAUCGAAACGUGGCGUUAUAGAGCGCCGCGUUAUAAAACGUCGCGUUAUCGGCCGCCGCGUAUCGAAACGUGGCGUUAUAGGUCGCCGCGUUAUCGAGGUCGCGAGUGGACGUCGGGAAGGAAGUCCUUCGAGGCGAUUCGCUCGUCUUUAUUCCGCAGCCUCGGUCGCUCUACCCGAGGGCGUAGUUCCAGUUUCGAUUUCGAGAGUCCAGUUUCGCUCAGGCGAGUCAACGCUACCGUAGACCUCGCUCGAUCUCGCGGCCCGGAUCGGACCGUUCGCGCGGGGCGCGACAUCGCGCGAGGACACUUUAUGCUGCCAUUAUUGUGUGUCCGCUUCAGUGGUGGGAGAUAUCCGGACGCGGUUCUCCGUAUUUAGCGUUUGUAUCUAGGCACUCCUUCGAUCGUCGUCCGUCUCGCGCCUGUCGACACCGCACGCCGCCCCCUCGAUCAAGUGAGGAGGGCAGCUCCCCCGUGGCGAGGCCCACCACCGAAGUACGUAGAAACUGCCAGGCGAUAUCGUAAUCGACCCCCGGCGAGGCGCGACCGGCCCGGGUGGCGAGGCCAGUCCUCCUCGAGGCAUCGCGCGAGGAGGUCGGGUCGCGCGCGUGCUGUCCGCACCCGAGCCAAACAAUUCGAACGCUCUAUAAAAGCCCAGAUCAUUUUUCUUCAUUUAUCCCGAUCACUUGUAACACAUACUAGAGGCGUCAUUUCUGUCAAACUCUCUGCAAACGAUGAUUCGACGCAAACUAAACUUUUAGUGCGCCGAUAGUACGCGUACUAAAAGAUUCAUUCCGAGAGUUUGAUACGAAGUACCACUUUAGGACGCGUACCGAGUGAUCGGUGUGUGCUAAGCGUAUGUUGGCGUUUGAUGCUUCAUAUGUUGGCAACCAGGAUGGAUCGGUAUUAAGGUGUUCAAUCUGAAAUUGCGGACUUUACUGUCAAAGAAGACGAUAAAAUCCGCAAAUUUGGUGAACUGGGGUUAACAAAAUUGGUAUCUUCGGUUUACAUGGCGCUAUCCUUGUUGACCCUGGAAUGGAAAAAUCUUAUAUACUAGUUUUACAGUGAAUAAUUUAUCAGUAAUAAUACAUUGAAAUAUAGACGAGCAGCGUUCGUUAUCGGAACAAAUACCGCGUACACGCGCACGAUUUAACGGCGUGGUAUUCGGCACGUGUUUCGCUAAUUGUCUCACCUGAUUGGUUGUAUUUCAGUUGAUUCUUACAGGAAAACCAUGCACUGUAGACAAAAAUGGUAUGAGACCUUUCUACCCCAUUUCCAGCAAGUCCGGGUAAAUCGUGGCCACUGGUUUUGUAACACCCGGUAGAAGAACCUAAUAAACAAGAGAACACAUGUGUUAUACAACGGAAUCUCACUUAUGAGAGAAAAUCGUAUUGAAUAGUGGGUACCGCGAGUAAGACAAAGAGCACGUGCAACCUGUAUGAUUGUCGUAAGAGUGGGAUGGAGAGACCAUUGGAGCGUCGCCAUUUGUUCAUUGCUGUGCUAAUUAUCGAACUUGGUCUAACGUUCGCGUUUUCUUGGGCUUUUAUGGAAAUUUCCGAAUUAUUUGUUCGCCCAAGCGGGUGCGCCCUCGCACUUCGGGUCGGUUUCCUUUCGCGCGUCCACGUGGGCACACUGUUAAGCGUUAUCUAACCCAUCACUGAUAUCCGAGUGGAAAAGGCGAUGCUUUCGACGCGUUUGCUCUGUGCGGAAUCGUAGUCUGACUUAGUACUAGCUCCAUUACCAAUCACUGUUGGUAUGACGAAUAAACGAUGUUUCCAUCGAAACGAAUCCAGCUCUGUAUGUGCGACAUACGUAGCACUCUAGUCCUUAAUUAAAUUGCGUACUUGUAGUACUUAUACACGACCGGGAACACGCGCGCUUCGGCGAGCACAGCGUUUAAGGCGGUAUGAAAGUGGUUGUUGAGAAGUCGAUCAGAUAUGAAUUUUCUCCAAACUGGACACGUAGAAUAGUUUGAAACUUUACCACGUGAACAUGGAUGCCAUAAGGAAGGUCUCGACACCCACGAGAUUCCUCUUUUACAUUUGCUUGUAGACAUUUUCUUUUUAAUUUUCGUAAAGAAAAUGUAAUUUCACGGGUAUCGAGACCUUCCUUAUUGCAUCUAUGCUCACGUGGUAUGAUUUCAAACGAUUCGGCACAUCCAUGUUCAGGGAUAAAUGACAAUUUGAUACCUGAGAUGCCACUUUCAUAUCAUCUUUGAAGGGCCAUCGGGUGUGAUUAGGGAGGCUUAGCGAUUCCGCUGCUUUCCGAGGAUGCGAGCCGCGAAUCGGUGGCCCUGACUUCGUUAGUUCCUCAGAACCGAUUUUUCUGGUUACCGUUGUCAGCGUAGCGAUUAUUAAUUCGUAUACAGUCGAUACUCUCGAAAGCCGCGUACUCUCACCCCGACGACAUUGUCACGGGCACGACGGUGCCGAAAGACGUCACCGAACACACGAUGUUGCUUCUCACGGAGUAAAUAAGGUCAGCUUUAAUUCUUGCCUCUCGCCAAUUAAUCACGACUCUCUCUCUCUCACCAAUCUGUAAGUUAAGGCCGAUUUUUAGCACGCCCCGACGAAUCGAGCGAUUCGUUACGCUCGGGGCUUAUCGUUAGUUAAGGUGAUAUGAAAGGCGACGAGAAAUUUAAUCGACAUUGGCUAAAAAAUAAUCUUCCUGAUAUGCCGGCUGAAAUAAAUUCCGGUCCUUACCCCUUUCGUAACGUCAUUUCGGAAAUUUCGGAAUUAAACGCAUUUAUUGAGCACGCGUUGCUCACGGAUAACCGAUAAUUUCAAUGCACGUGUUUAUAAGACUUUUCUUGAUAUUUUCUUAAUUAAUCUUUAAUGUUCGGUUACUAUAGAGUUCUAAAUUGGUAUGCCUAAGUCCUCAAAGUCUCCGUUUUUUAUUCUGAGCUCGUAAAAAGUGUGAAAUUUCAAAAAUAUGAGUUGGCAACGACAUCUUGGUUUUAAUAUGGAAAGAAAUAAUAACAUGGAUGUUUUUAAUGCAAUUUCAUGGGUGUAAGGACCUUUUUUAGGACUUACAUUGGCACGUGGUAAAAUUUCAAAGGAUUUGAGUGUAUCCGGGUUUUCUAGAAAAGUUUUAUAAAUAAUUUUGACGCCUCAGAUGCCACUUUCACAUCACCUUAAGGCCUUUGCGGAUAGCUCGAGUAACAGUAAUCGUAAGUACAACAGUAAGUAUAAAGGCGCAAUAAUAAGAACUGGCUAAUCAAAUUACCAAAAUAGGACGGCAUGUUAAAUUUUAUGCAAUUUGAUUGGCAGGUACUUAUUAUUAUGUUUACGGUUACUGUUAUGUGAGGUAUCUGAGAAGACCUUUAUCGUCAACGGUGAAAUAAUAUCAACCAAGGUAAUAGCCGCGCAAAUUGAUUGUACGCUGUUUGAAUGAAAAAUGUUCAUUUGUCGAGUGUCGUUCCAAUUUAUGGACCACCUGAGGACGUUGAACCGUAAAUCUCGAUAAUUCUUCCGCACCAAGUGCGAAGUUAUAUCGGAAGAUGUCGAUUUUAACGCGGCUUUGACGUCUUCGGGUCGAUUUAUGCUAUCCGACCCGGUCCGACACGUACCGGGUCCGACACGUAAUGGUGUCGAUCUGACAAAACUUUGUAACAUGCGUUUCAAUGGCAUUAUUCACCUUACCAUACACUGAGUAAAAAAUUCACUUCCUAUAAAAAAUUGAGAUCCUUGUAAUAAAAAUAUCACUUUUAUUAACAAUAUAUAUGUUACGAAAUUUUGUUAGAUCAACACCGGCACGUGACGGAACCGAUUCGUGCCGGACCGUGUCGGAUAUGAGAAUCGAAUUUUCGUGUGUCCUUAAAAAAUUCCCGUUGCUGAAGAUAAACUGUUUUAACUAAUUCUGGACGUAUCGGGUCUUCGGGUAAAAUACUCGCUGUUUGGCUGUUUCUUUUUAGAAGACUGCAUCUUUCUCGGUCUAACAAUGCAUAGGAUGCUGUCGAAGUUGAAAAGCAAUCUGGACGUGGUUCGUGUCCAAAAUUGGACCGAUGUGUUUUCAAAGGACGAUCGACGUCGUUACUUUUACGAAAUAUGUGGAAUAUUCGACUAUUGGCUUGCAGUCGAUCUGGUCGCUGGAUUUUAUACAGUUUACGCUUUGAAUGCGAGUUCUUUUUAAUUCUAACCCUUCUAAAUCCACGGAAUCUCGAACUACGCGAAUUUAAAACGUUUCAAGCCACGAUUAAGAACGCAAAGCAUCGAAGUGAACCUUGAUAAUGAUUUUGAAGGGCUUUUUGCAGGCUCUCGCACAUUUAUCGACACAUCGGUCAGAUCAGUGUAAUGUUUUAGGUGUGAGGUUAAGAUUUUCACUUAACAAAUUUCGGCUGAGAAUAAGAGGACUUUGGACAUGUGCAACUGGACACUUUUCAAGAUAGAUCGAGUUAUUUAAUGAUCGAGCGAUGAUUUUGAAGAGGCUGACCGAAUUGAUCCGAGAUUGCUCCAGAGAGUUCCAGUUUGCUCCAGUCGCUCUUAAUUUGCAAUUUUCGAGGCUCUUUAAACCUAA